GGCUCUCGGGUAACUUCACUACCGGUGCACGCACUUGUUCAGACGUCUACGCAGGAGUGACUGCCUCUCGUCUCUGUGUUAUUUUCUCUUGAUUUUUCCCCACUAUCGCUUCUAAUCAUGUCUAAAAGACGCUCCGAGGACACUUUAAUCCACGACUGUCCCUCUAAGAAGUCCUGCCUCUCCCCCCGUAGUGUGGACCUGCAGCUGGGCAGCAUCAUGGCUCCUUCCUCCGGGGGUGUGAGCCCCCCGUCCCUGCUGGCUCUGCUGGGGGGCCGCUGCAGAAAGAGGCAGCACUACCUCGAGGAAGUGGAGGAGACGGAGGAUGAAGUCUCUUUAUAUCUUAGACCAACUCACCACGAGGUCAGGAGACACGCAGCUCACGUCCUGACGGUGCAAACACCUGGAAGUUUCCACGAGCGACGGAGCUCAGGGGCGCUCACGAGCUCCAAGAAACGAGCGCGGGAAGAGCGUGCAGGUCCAGAGACAGAUUUACCCACAAACGCUGAUAAAGUAAGAGAUUUAACAUGUUUUUAUCGGAUAUACCUGCAGGCAGUAAGAGAGCGUGGGAGCGAGUUAGUGUAAUACCAGUAAAUGUCCGCUAGGUGUCACCAUCCACCUAUAAUAAAGCUCUGUAACUGCAGUAACCUGUCAAUCAUCACAGACACUCAUUAAUACAUGUUAUAAAGGUUAGGGGGACAUUUUGUAUGUGUCGAUAACAUGUGAGGAGAUAGUCAGGUGCAAAUAUGACCUGACCCCUAAAGAAAACAAAUUUUAACGAAGGUUUCUCAGCUGUUUUUUUUAUAGUAUUAGAUGUCCUUAAUAACAAACUCAAAGUUUACCAAAGUUUGACCACUGGAAAGGUGUCAUUUUCAAGAUGGCGUCCAUGAUAUUAGGAAGCCCGGGGAGACCCCCCAGGUAAAUAGGGUAAAAUUUUUAACAAACAGAUAUCACCUUUAAAUUUACCAAGUUUAUAAGUUACAUUAAGACAAAUAUUUUUUAUAUUACAAGUUUUGUCAAAUUUUAUGUUUGAAUAUGUAAAUGAGGUAAUAUCUAAUUAAAUAUGCACUCAUUUACAUACAUUUACAGAACCGAAAACUCAACAAUGGAUAAAGACCCUCUAAGAAUUCUUGUUUUAUUUUGUUGACAUACUAGAGUCAGGAGGGGGGAGGAGGGGACUUUGGAUAUCUCUAUUUAUCACUCUGUAAAUGAGAAAAUACUCUCACCACCCCUAAAUAUUCAAAUAUCUCCAUGUGUUUUUUUCAGGUCCUUAAAAUGAUCAUUACUCCUUGUAUGGUGACAUUUUGAAUUUUCUCAUCGGCUGUUGACAAAGGGAUAAUCGGUCGAUCUCUAUAAACUCGUAAUAAAAAAAACCCAGUUCUUUAUUAUGAAAUAGCAUUUGUUAUAAUCCAGUUAUUCUCUUUGCCUAAAUCUUGUAAUUCGUAUGAUAUGUUUUCAUGUCUCUGACUCACGUGGCUGAAAUUACUGAAAUAAAACAAAUCUUUCCGUCACUUUCAGGCUGAUAAAGAGGUCAACGCAGAGGACUGCGCCUACAACUCGUUCCAGUACUGGAGGGUUCCUUUACCUGCACUCGACCUCUCACUGCUCCAAGAUAACGCUGAUCAAUCUGAGACACAGAACAAGACCAAAGUCAAAGACAUCUCUUCUGAUUGUAUGGAAACCUGAAGAUGAUAGGUGCAGAGAGUCUGGAUGAUCUGUUCUGAUAUCAGCAGGGAGAUGUGAUGAUGUUCAGAAGAACAUUAAGGCUGUUUGAAAUUCUUCCAGGUGAGAUGAAACCACCUGAGGUCACCAUGUCAGGUUGACAGAGACUGGAGGAAGUGAGGCUCACACUGGUGUCAGAUCUUAGUGACUGAAGCGAGGCAACAUCGAAGAAGCAGAGGAGAAAGAAACGCAGUGUGGACUUUCCUGUAAACCUCUGAAGGAUGGACCCAGAAUCCUGGAGUUAUCGUUUUAUUUUAAGUUGAACUACAGUGUUAAAACAGGUUGCAUUCAGAAGUGAACAAUGCUUUUCAGUGCAGAGGAGUUUACAGAAUAAAGUUUCAUACAUGUGUAGGGUUUUAAAGUCUUUUUACUAUUUAAAGUGUUAUCAAAAUAGUGUGGUCAAAAUUGUGAUUAUGAAGUUUUUAGCCAAAAUCACAUACCUGUCAUUUUUAAAAGGCCUCAACCAAAACGCCACUCUAUAGCCACAAAUAAUGCUCAGAACAGCACCUAACUUCAUCAACAGGACAUAUAGGGUCACAGCCAUAGUACUAGACACCAAACAUCUUUUUAACUUUGACUCAUUUCUUUAGCAAAGAGACUAAACACAACUCACCUACUCUCCUCCAGCAGCCGCGUGUUUGUAGCGAGACCUCAGGCCAGUCCAUUACGGACGACAGCGGGGUGACGCAACUCGAGGAAGAACAUUUAUGAUCAUUUCUUCAUGGAAAUACAAUCAGACCGAGACUCUAAGGCAGAAGAACUACCGCGUCUGUAAAAUGAUUAAUAUGGUGAUUAUUACUUCAAGGAAAUGAUAAAGAAAUUAUCAUAAAUGUUCUUCCUUGAGCUGCGGCACCCCGCUGUAGUCCGUAAUGGACUGGCCUGAGGUCUCGCUACAAACAAGAGAAGCAAAUGAAGAAAUGAAGAGAAGUAAGCGGUCGGCAACAUUCAUCUCUGGAGGGGGUGUCUAACUCUGUGUUAUGGUGUGUUUGUAUUUUAUGCCGGAAUAUCCCUUUAAUCAUAUUUUACCUGUAAUUUACACACUUGGUUAGCGAUCAAAUCUUUUAAUUAGAAAAACAGUUUUUAUUGUAAAAGGAUCUUUUUUUUCCUCUCCUAUGUGAUUUUGUAUUUGCUUGUUUUUAUUUUUUUAAAUUAAUGUAAUUUUUUGCCACAUUUUUAAUCGAAGGGUUUUAAAUAAACACUGAACGAGGCGAUAGCAAGAAAAACAA